UCCCCCUUUGCGCUGAUGGUGAUGAUAUUAGGGGUUGUGGUUCAGGGGCUAGUAGAGACAAACCAUUACGAGAGAGCGAGAGAGAGGGAUUCAGCUUCAUCACAUUGCCCGGAAGCUAGCUGCAAGGAAAUCAGAGAGGGAACGAAGACGCAAUUCUUCCCGCCCCCCAACCAUGGAUCCUUAUGACCAUCAUCACCGCUACUGACAGCAGAGAUUAGAAAAACAGUUAGGCUGCAGAAAUCACAGAGCCCAGCUGCAAACAACACCCCCAUCCUCCAACUCAGUGAACACAUUGCACAUUUUUGAAACACUGCUGAAGGGAAAGUGGUGGACAACUGGAGGCAGCAGGGGCUAACCAGAGGGCCAUGCAGAUGGCCAGUCCCUGAUGAAUCCAGUGACAGCUCUGAGCCGCCCAUCCAGCAGCGUGACUGUGAUAAAACAUGGAGCAGUAUUGGACAGUUUGCUGCCGUCUGUGAAAUGGGAGAUUCUGCAAGGCUUUUCAAAUGGAGUGAAACACACUGUCUGCCUGAAUAACUGGCCAAACGGCAAAACCCAGAGAAGGAAAGCUGGCACGGUUUAGAAAGCAGAUCACACUCAUCUAAUUAGCUCUGCUGCACGUGGACGGGAGAAAUGUUUUUCAAUCUUGAUGUAAUCUUUUGUCCAACGCUGGAUUAAGUGAGCUGAAUGGCAGCAAAGUAUAUACAGAGGACUCAUGAGCAGACUGUGGUCUCAUCUGCUCAUCUUGAUUUACCUCUUUCUUUUUGAGCACAGUAUCAAUAGUCACCUUGGCAACAGCUCUCUUGCCAACAUACCUCUUCAGGAAAAUUAGAGACAUGGAAGAGAUGCGAUAAGUUUCUGAAGCAGUGUUCUGGGCUCCAAUUAAUACGAGGCAAGAGUUUUCAAGAGAUUUGGUUCACAGCGUGAGAGCAAAUCAAACAGCAGUUUAAAUGAAUUAAUUGAACAUUGUUAUCACGGAGACAUCAAAGUGCUUGCUUAAUCUCGGAGGACUGAGGAACUUAGUGAGUGAGCUGGCAUCUGGUUUGAGGAGUCUGAUUCUGUCGAGCUCGUUCCAAAGGAAGGUGGAAUUUUUUAAUAGUCACUAUCUUCAACGAACGGAGACACAGCGGAAUCUUCAGGCGUGUUUGCAAAGAAGAGGAGAGAAGCCAGGAAAAGCAGAGCAAGAGCUGAAUGUCUUGACUGAAAGAGAAAUUACCAGCAAGCAGUUUCAGUUGAGAAUGUUUAACUGCUGCAUGCCAGGGUUUAAUGAAACAGCUGAGGCUUUCUCCGAAGAUCUCCAAUUAAAGCAAAAAGCAAGCUUCCGUUAAAUGAGACAGAGCAGUACAUUUUUUAUUUGGCAUUCUUCCACUUUUGACCUCUGCCCUUGCUGUUGAAGCCACUCAACGACACAUGAGAAUCAGCAACAAAAACUUCUUGCCACAACAAGAAACCCAAGCCCAAAGUGCUUCGUAUUGACAAUGAAGUGCUCGCUGCGGGUAUUUCUCCUCUCCCUUGUGCUACUCGUUGUAUUUCUGACUUCGCUGUUUUUCACCGAUACGCUGACAGGCAUGACCAACAUGGCCUACCUGGAGACUCAAGGUGGAGAGAAAUCCCAUCGGGUCAAGUUGGUGCCCAGUUACUUGGGUGUGCAAAAGUUGAACAAGGAUCUUGUGGAUCAGAAGACGUGUGCUUGUGACCGUUGUGUGGGUGAUCUUGGCCUGUCACAGUGGUUUGAUGAGCACUUCGAUCAGGACAUUCUACCACUUUGGACAAAAGCGAACAUGGAGUUGGACCCUGAUGUGUACAACUGGUGGGUGAUGCUUCAGCCACAAUUCAAACCCCAUGACCUGAAGGACGUUUUGUCUAAACUCUUCCUCACUGUGCCCGGAGAGAAUCCCUACACCUCGUGGAACCGUUCUCGCUGUCGGCGCUGUGCGGUGGUGGGGAAUUCUGGAAACCUCCAUCAUUCUCACUACGGAGCAGACAUCAACUCACAUGAUUUCAUCAUGAGAAUGAACCAAGCUCCAACUAUCGGCUUCGAAGCAGACGUGGGCAGCCGCACAACGCACCACUUCAUGUACCCGGAGAGUGCAAAAAAUCUUGCAGCAAAUGUCAGCUUUGUUUUGGUUCCCUUUAAAACUUUGGACCUCCUGUGGAUCACCAGCGCCCUCUCAAUGGGGGAAAUCAGAUUUACCUACGCGCCUGUCAAACAGUUUCUUCGGGUGGAUAAAGAUAAGGUACAAAUCUACAACCCAGCAUUCUUCAAGUAUAUCCAUGACAAGUGGACAGAGCAUCAUGGGAGAUAUCCGUCCACAGGAAUGCUGGUCCUGUUUUUUGCUCUCCAUAUCUGUGACGAGGUGAACGUGUUUGGAUUUGGUGCUGAUAGCAGAGGGAAUUGGCACCACUACUGGGAGAACAACAGAUAUGCUGGAGAAUUCCGAAAGACUGGAGUGCAUGAUGCAGAUUUUGAAGCAAAAAUAAUAAAUUUACUAGCUGAAGCAGGAAAAAUCAAAGUUUUCCGAGGAAACUGAAGAAAAAGGCCUAAUUAUGCAGUUGAAUUUUUUUUAAAAGCGGGGUGGUGUGGACUUUACAACGACUUGCUGUUUCUCCUCACCAAGUGGAGAAAUGACACAAUUACCCCUUAAUUGCAUAUUGGACAUUUUUUAAAAAAUCAAAAUCAUGCAGAACUCUGGAAUAGAGAAGACGGAACAGCUGCUAAUUUAGUAUUACCUUCAAACGUUCACCAAAUCAUUUCAUUGGAUCAUUUCAAGAUGGCUGACCAGCACCCUGGUGGCUGAUGGGUAGCUAGCUCGAUGUACAGUGGGCUAUCAGAGAAUUUAGAUGUUUCCAAGGACGAUUUUAAUAUUUGAAUUGUGGAGUUGUCAGGAAUGUAUGCAAUGACAAUAUUGCCCAUGUAUAGUGAUGAUGGGGUCUGGGGAUAAAGGGAUAUGCAUGUUUUGAGGAGAGUCCUGUCUUUUGGUUAACCCUCUGUUGGAUUUGUUUCAUCAGCAAGUUACUGAAACCACUUUUUACUUCCAGACUGUGGAAAUGGAGCUUGUCAUUUGGAGGCAAGACCAGUGUGCGUUAGAACACAACCAGAAGCAAACCAGUGUGCUCAUUUGCUGUCAGUGGUAAAUUAAACCAAGCACAGCCUCCAUCGUCGCACAGCAGCCGAGAGCAUUUCCUUGCAUCCCGCAUUUGAGUCUCCUUUGCAAAGGAAAUGUGUGAUACCAGAUUCACUGCUUGGAGUUAAUGGGAAUGCCACAUGUCUGGUGUCCAACAGGGGAUAGACAUUUAGAAGACAGGGCUGCAGAACGGGGAGUGUGAGUCCAUUUUAACAUUGUUUCCCCAGGAUCCCUUAACCAUGAUGAUGCCAUCUUGGCCAUUACCUAAUAACCGUCUAAUAUACUGUUCCCAGAAAUAGAAUUUUAUUUUACAUUUACUUUACUGUGACUUUGCGUUAAAUUUGAGGCAUGAUUUCUGCCUCCGCGGGAUCUGCAGCACAACAAAAGAUAUGAGCUCAGUGACACAAGCCUCGCAGUAGUAACUGGAGGUUGAUGCAAAGAAUCCUGGCUGUAGACAGAUCUCAAGGACUGCAGAGCUGAUUGGCAUCUUAGGGGGAAAUGUAAAGCACAGGUCCCCUUUGUCAAGGGACUGAGGCCCUCAAGCCGUCUGAGCAGAGCGAGUCCACCUUCCCAUACAGUCGUAUGUGAUUGGGUGCUUCCUAUAGUGAUACUGAGAGCAACAUGGGACAUGAGGGCUGGGCAUACACCUGUCUCAAUAAUGGGUCAGCUUACGUCAAUCGCAGGCACCAGCUCUGAAAUUCGUAAUCGGAAAGUCCUGGGGCUACCCAAAUGGGGCAAAGAUCCAAAGUACUGACCCCCCCCAUACCUUAUUCCCCUUUUCCCGGGUUAGUGUGACUGCAGAGGGCAGAGGCUCUGUGCACAAAUAGAGGCAGCAUUAUCUCUCACCGAAAUAUUAAACCACUUGAACUUUCUAAUCAGACAUACGAAGAACAGGUAGCACAGCACCAUCUCCAAAGCACAAGGAACGCAGUAUUAUAGCUGUCAUGUAGUCUUCCUGUCUGUCUUAAAGAAUGAAGGAAACGUUAGGAACUACUGUAGAAUUUUUAUUUGUUUUCUCCAUUGAAUAAUAAAACACAAAACCCAUUCUUCCUCAAAUACUGAUUUGAAGAAGCAAUGGCAGAGAAGAAAAAA